AUGAAUACAAGAAAGAUCUGCUUCUAUUGCCUCACAGCAGUACUACUAACUGCUGCUGGAGCUGUGGGCGGUGGACUGCCCGAUGCCGCGGAAGUUGGCGGCAAUGCGUGGCGCAGUGCUGAUGCUAUGCACCCCAUUCAGUCUGAAAUGCAACCCUAUGUGCGGGAGAUGGUUGCCCACGCCUUUGACUCGUACAUCAAGUACGCGUUCCCCAAGGAUGAGCUGCGCUCUGUUAGUGGGACGGGCAAGAACACCAUGGGUGGCUACGGUUGGACCCUCAUUGACUCGCUUGACACGCUGGCGGUAGCCGGUUUCCACACGGAGUUCCGUCGUUACGCGAGAUGGGUGGAAGAAAAUGUGAAUUUCGACAUUGAUGUCUCGGUCUCACUCUUCGAGACAACGAUUCGAGCCCUUGGGGGACUGCUUGCGGCGCACUUCAUGUAUGAGGAGGGUGUGGUGGAGGUUGUUCCCACGGAACACAACUACACGGGUGGACUGCUGCGACUCGCCGCGGACUUGGGGAACCGGAUGCUUCCGUGCUUCAAUACUUCUACGGGGAUACCGUAUGGUUCCUUCAACCUUCGACACGGUGUGAGUCGAACAGAGACACCGAUUGCAAGUACUGCUGCUGCUGGUACUCUGUUGCUGGAAAUGACUGUUCUCUCUGCACUCACAGGUGACGACAGAUACAUGCGCGCCUCCCGCCGUGCCUCUGAAGCUCUUUUCGCUGCUCGAGACUCUCACACUGAUUUGAUGGGAAAUCACAUCAACGCCAUGAGUGGCAGGUGGUCCUUUACUGAAUCCCAUGUUAGUGGUGACAUUGACAGUGCAAUUGAGUACUUCAUCAAGGCGCACAUUAUUUCAGGGGACAUGGGUGAUUGGGAGCGUUUCGAGCGUUCGGUGCGUGCGAUCAAUCGCUACAUCCGGAAGGGUGGGAUGCUAACAUUCGUCAGCAUGAGGGACGGCAGUCGGAUUAGGUCUACACACGAAUCCUUGGCCUCAUUCUUCCCGGGUAACCUGCUUCUUGGUGGUCAUAACAUGGAGGCUGUGGAGAGCUGCUGGCCAAUUCACAGCAUCUUCAAGCACUUUGGGGGCCUGCCGGAGUCAUUUUCUUUGGAAACUGAGCGUACACACAGCUGGAAUAAUGCCUAUCCACAGCGUCCUGAGCAUGCGGAGUCGGUGUACAUGCUGUAUCGCGCGACCCGAGAUCCUGUGUAUCUCGUAAUGGGAAGAGAGCUGGUGCUGGCGAUUAAUCUGCGGAUGCGCACUCCGUAUGGAUUCUCGUCGCUGCGUGACGUGAACCACCCCCACCACGAUGGACGGCACGAGGACUUAAUGGAGAGCUUCAUGCUAGCGGAGACACUAAAGUACCUGUACCUGCUGUUUGACGAGUGCAAUGUGAUACAUGUUCAGGGAAGGGCUCCUGGCAGCAUCCCGUCAUACUGUUCCACCAUGCCGAGGCGUGGUAGCGAGACGAGGCACGUGGGGUGGUUGUUCAAUACGGAGGCGCAUCUGUUCCCUAACACGGCCGAGUGGUGGGGACCGUUGCCUGCAGCCGAUGCGUUGGAGCGUGAAGAAGUGACAGCUGAUAUACUACAUCGUAAACGACUGAGUGUCAUUGACGAGUUGCUUCGUGGUCUCGAUGCUUCUGACGCGAAUCAUAAGGAGGAUGCUGAAGCGGAUGUUUUUCCACACCGUUUCUACUGUGCCAACCAUGCGAUAAGCGAUAUAGAGAGAAUUUCCAGAUUCAUAUUUCGGUAA